GCACUGCUGGCCUCCGAAGAGCUGGAGCCAGUUUUGGCCAGCCCAAUCUCCGCCUGUGUGAGAGUGUGAAGAUUCCUGAAAGCAUUUCACUCUUGUGCAGGACCUAAACAUGAAUGCAGAGGCUUUGAUCAACUCUGUCUCAGUUUCUUGUUUCCUGCUUUUGCUCACUGCCAUUGAGGAAAGUUUACUGCAUUCUCUGAGGCAGGUGGGCGGAGUGUGCAAGAUCUCCUCCGAGUCCUCGCAGAGACGCUGUCGGACCCCCGAUGGGCUGAUCUGCAAUGGGAGGGGAGAGUGCCGGUGUGGGGUGUGCAUCUGCCAAGUGGCGGACCCCGGGAAGUACUACGGGCCACGGUGUGAAUGCCACGACUGGGUCUGUGCGACAUAUGAUGGGAAGACCUGUGGUGGUCACGGCAUAUGCGACUGUGGUAAAUGCCUGUGUGAAGACGGCUGGUCGGGGGAAGCGUGCCAGCACCCAGAGAGCUGCCAGCUUUCAGGACGAGAGAGCAGAGAGAUGUGCCGCGACGCUCAGGGGGUGGUGUGCUCCAAGGCAGGAAAGUGUCAGUGCGGUAGAUGCGUGUGCCAUGACCCCGAUGGCAAAGCCCUCGUCACCGGCCGGCACUGUGAGUGCGACGACAGCCAAUGCAUGGACGAGGACACGGGAGAGGUGUGUGGAGGCCAUGGGAAGUGUUACUGUGGAAACUGUUACUGCUCGGCCGGUUGGCAUGGAGAUAAAUGUGAAUUCCAGUGCGACAUCAGCCCAUGGGAGAGCAAGCGGCAAUGCACGUCGCUGGACGGCAAGAUCUGCAGCAACAGAGGGACGUGCGUAUGUGGGGAAUGUACAUGCUAUGAUGUAGACCCGUCGGGAGACUGGGGUGACAUCCACGGAGACACCUGCGAGUGCGACGAGAGGAACUGCCAUGCAACAUACGACAGAUACGCCGACGAUUUCUGCUCCGGUCACGGUCACUGUAACUGCGGGAGGUGUAACUGCAAAGAAGGCUGGACGGGGAAGAAGUGCGAGCACCCUCUCUCCUGCGGCCUCUCGGCGGAGGCCAGUCUGAAGAAGUGCCGAGGCAGCUCCAGCCUGCCCUGCUUCGGCCGAGGCCAGUGCUUGUGUGGACAGUGCACAUGCUAUCCACCAGGAGACAGCCGUGUUCACGGCAAGAACUGUGAGUGUGAUGACCGGCAGUGCGAGGAUAUGUAUGGAGACAUAUGUGGUGGACAUGGCUUUUGCUCCUGCGGCCGCUGUAUCUGUGGUGACGGAUGGUUUGGGAAGCACUGCCGGUUCCCCCGCACCUGUGACGUGUCUGACGCACAGAGCAAGAGCCUGUGUGAGAUGGCCAACGGUGUCAUUUGCUCCGGGAAAGGCUCUUGCCACUGCGGGAGGUGCAUCUGUUCACCACGGGAGUGGUACGUUUCUGGAGAAUUCUGCGAAUGCGACGACAGGGACUGCGACCAGCACGAUGGCUUGAUCUGUACAGGCAACGGUGUGUGCAACUGUGGAACCUGCGAGUGCUGGGAAGGUUGGACAGGAAAUGCCUGCGAAAUCUGGGUGGGAGAGGAAUACUAAUGUGGACAGAAACUUUCUGAAGACUGUUUUUAUGUUGGCAGCAAAAAGGCUGCUGCAGCAAGAUCAUACCAGGGCACGGGAAUGACGGGAGAGGCCGGAAGCAACCUGGGAAAGAUUUCUACAUUUUACUUAUAUAACAGCAUUCAUUGUACAAGUUACAAUUUUUCUUUAUUUAAAUGAUGUUCUGGGAGGGGGUUGUUUGUUGUGGUUUUUGUGGGGGUAACAGACAUUGGUUCUUAGACAAAUGACCAUGUAACCCUUUAUAUGUUUCAAAUACAACUAUAUGUAUGAAAGUUGUUAAUAGGAAUGCUUAAAAAGCUUGCAGAGUGACAUAGGAUAAGAAGAGGAAGUACAUGAGCAGGGUCUAAACAAUAAUAGACGAAGGAUAAACCUAUUGAGAUUAUUAUUUGUCUGAUUAUGAUAGAUGAUAUUAGAAACUUGAUCCUGUCGUAUUUGACAAACUGUGCAAUUAUUGUGUUUAAUGGAUAAAGAAGUUAGAUCCUGCACUCAGGUGAGUGGAUCCACAAGCUUUUAUUCCCUUUUGAUAGCCUAAAUGUUGUUUCACUCAACUCAGGAAUCCCUUCAAAAUCACAGAAAACCAGUCCAGAAAUUGUAAGCUGUUCUAAAAUAACUAUUUGAAAAUAUGACAAAAUUGCAUUUUCAUUUUUCAGUGCUUUGAAAUGAACCACUUGACAUACAUUUCCAUAAAUCUAUUAAAUAUCCUUAUCCAAGUAUUUUCUUAGAUUUUUGGAGAAAUUUGUGAGAACAAAUGUCCAUGGGUGGGUGUUCUUAAAUGAAUUUUUAACAAAUAUCAUUGAUGAGAAAUGCCAGGAAUUACAAAAACUUAUGAAUGACAUUAUGAUUUGGUUAUCCCAUGCCAUUUAGUAUUCAACAGUUUCCUUUGUUCCAAUCAUCUAAAUCACUGGUGCAGUAAUAUACUGCACAUAGUAUUGCAUUACGUUUCUUACUGACAUUACAGUACACCUUUAUAUAAAUAUUUUAUUCAACAUGUUGUAUCUCUGUAUACAACAAACACAAUCUGUACAGUGCGGACAAACUCUUUGCAUAUAUGUAUGUAAAAUUAGCAGUACAUACCGACAUUUCUUGAUACACAUAGCCUACAACAUGCAGUUCUUGGAUGCCAACCUUUUCCAUGCAACAAAUGAAACAAUAGUCAAAUAAAGAGUGUAACUAAA